AUGUUUUCGCAGUCUCUCGCGUCUUAUUCUCUUCUUGGCUGUGUUGUCUCCGCUGCGCAAUUCGCUGGUGGGGAGCUUAGUUUCUACGAAACUUCCCUUCAACUCCUCGCUGAGGAUGGUUGCGGACAAUGGACGUCGACGUUAACCUUACCCUAUGAUUACCUCAUUCACCUUCGCGUGGUACGUGAAAAGGGGUUUAUGCGGAUUUCUACUUUACGAGCGCCGGUAAUACGAUGGGCAGAGGACAAUAGCUUCAUCUCGCAGCUCGAUGUCGACGAUAACGAGGAUCUGAGGGACGAUAAGAAGGGAAAUGGCGCGGGUUCUUAUGGAGUAUCUCAUGAGAAGCCGAGGCAGUCUCUUCCACCUUCUGGGGGUGAGUGCGUGCUGUUAUUUCAGCUCUCACGGGAGGAUAUGGCAAACUUCAUGACGAACAUCGCGCCGAUGGUGGCUGCUCGAGAGCGAAUGCGAUCAGCCUCACGAAUCUCCAUAACAGAACCGCUGCCUACGGGGUGCCCUUUUGAGGAUCCUGGCGGCGACCUCGAAGAUGAAGAUACCAGCAAGGACGACAUCAAUAACAACAGUAAUAAUAAUUUUUAUAGCAAUAGCAAUGAAAACUCGAGUGGAAAUCACGAAAGUCCUCAGCAGACCGAUAAAACUACCCUUCUUAAGGGCGCGGAGGAGGUAAAUGGAUUGGAUAGCGGGAAGGAAAAGAGCGCAUCACGUGCACGUUCUCAUUGUGAAAAUACCGUUGAGACGGAAUUAUUUCCACCCGAGAUCAAGACCAACCAAGAAAACAAGGAGGGAUUUCUUGACGGCACAUUUUCUGAUCAACUCGCACAGUUCGAAGAGGAGGCUAUUCAGGCGCGAGCGGAUGGCUUUUCCGGGAGGUUCCUCCGCACUAGAAAAGCUCCUGAUUCCACUGGAAAUCCACCAUUGGACCGAGCUUAUUCGUGCGCAAGCGGAGGGUUGCGAAGCAUUGACGACUUAGGCAUCUUUGAUGGCAGAAAAAAGGUCAAUAAAAAUGUGAAAGAAUCUUCGUUUGCGCGGCGCGCAUCCGUAGCGACUAGCACCGCCGUUAGUAUUCACUCGAAGAUAGCAACCCCUGUGGGGCGGUUGAGAGAAAGGAAAGGUCUUUACCUCCCCAGCGAAGGGCUAGAGUGCAAUGCGAAUACCCUAAACGGCCGUGAUGGACCACUAAAAGGGGAUGAAAAGAAGAGAAAUAAUUGUAAUAGUGUGGACUUGUCAUCAGAAAUGGCUCCUAGAAAUAUGGCAGUCCUUCCGCCUUCGAUAGCAGAUAUGGCGAGUGAUAGAUCUCGUGAGAAGUGUUCUUCGCCUUGUCAAGCGAUUCGACAAGAUGACACUUUUCCCACACGAGAGGUUGAAUCUGUCGACGAGCAGAUCAAUGGGAAGAGUUCAACCUAUCAGGAGGUUGCAUCUUCUUUAUGCGUUGGUGAUAUUUUACUUGAGCAGAACUCCUUCCACAACGCUGUUUCGAAGAAACUUCGUAACCCACCAGGAGGUAAUUCCCUGUCUAAACCCAAAUCAUCUCCGCACAUCACUUCAUGCGGGAUCAACCUUGUAUCGUGUGUGGUUUCGAGCAAAAAUCCACAACCCGCGACGACCAAUCCUCCUCCUUUAGUGGAUUCAAAAAAAAGUGUUCGAAAUGGGAAUGUCAACGUUCCGAACGCGCCCGAUCUUGCUUAUGACUUUUCCGAUAUCACGACACUUCCUCAGCAUGCCGAGCUGCUUCCCUUUCCCCCGCCCCCGCUCCCCAUUCCCCCAUCUUCCGCGAAGGGCGGCCGUGCUCGCCAGCGGGUUUCUUCGGUGAUGGACGACCUCGGUGAGAUCCUCGGUUGUCUGACCACGCGCGGAAAGCGAAAACGAGGAAAACGCACGGGGGAUAUUCAAACAACCGCCAAGCGCGCUAAAGUGGAGCCGAUGGCGGUUAUUCCGCCGCCUUUUUCAGCUGAUGGGGGAGGUAUUUCCUCUUCGGUGGAAACGCCGUCGCGGCGCCCAUUUCCGUUGCUCCUCCUCGACGACGAGGAGGUGGCGUGCGGGCAGCCCUCGCCUGCCAAGAAGCGGGAAUCUCCUCCAAGAAUUACCUCCCGGGGCACAAACACGAAAAAGACUAAAAGUAAAAAUAGAAAAGGGGAGCGUGGUAGUGAAGGGAUGGGUGCGGAAGAAGGAGUACGGUACUCCGCGGCGAACGGCUCUAAAGAGGGAUCACCUGGCGAAGGAGCGGCCGCGGUCCGUGCGAGCUCACCAUCAAAAUCUCUCUAUGUCGUCUCCUUUUCCACUCCUCUAAAAAUAAAUAAUGAAGUGGCAGAAGAAAAGGAGGAAAACACUGAUGUGCAGCUUGAAGGAGCUUAUCCAAUAAAGGAAACCCCUUCAGAGGGCGGCCUGCCCUUUCACGCAUGCUCAGAUUCUGUGCAUUUCCAUACGAACUUGCCGCAUACUGAACCUCCAGAACGAAAUCUAGCGCCUGCCAUAAACAACAACACUACAUUAAUGAAAACUUAUGAUGAUGAUGAUGAUGAUGAUAACGACCUUUUGAUGAAAAAAACUCAUCAAGGCCUUCGAAAGGAGCGCCUUCGUCGGGCGAUGCGAUGCAUGAAUUUCAUCUGUAAACAUCUCAAUCUUAUGCGUGAGAGCGAAGCUGAGCUACGAGGUAUUGUGCUUUCAUUGAUGGAUGAUGGACAGAUUUAA